AUGGCAGCCAUGAACUCCAGCAUUUUGGCUUGCAACUAUGCCAGGUCAGGUACUGAGCUUAGCUCAAAGGUGAGCUGUCUGCCCUCAGUUGCAACUCCAGUUCAGAAGUUGCCUGUGAUCAGAGCCCAAAAGCUCGAUUCUGACCAAUCCGGAAGAAGGGCCGCCCUUCUGGGCCUUGGUGCCGCCCUUUUCACCACCACCAUCUCUUCUGCUGCCAACGCCGGUGUCAUUGAGGAUUAUUUGGAGAAGAGCAAGGCAAACAAGGAAUUGAAUGACAAGAAGCGGCUGGCCACGAGCGGUGCAAACUUUGCCCGAGCGUACACGGUUCAGUUUGGGACAUGCAAGUUCCCUGAGAACUUCACUGGUUGCCAAGAUCUCGCCAAGCAAAAGAAAGUACCAUUUAUUUCUGAUGACUUGGCCUUAGAGUGCGAAGGGAAGGACAAAUACAAGUGCGGUUCGAACGUGUUCUGGAAAUGGUGA